CUCAACUCGAGAGCACAAUGCCUGAAUGCCAUCGUCUGGGUUAAAGAAAGACAAGGGCAGCACCGCAGCAGGCCAAGCAGUUGAUUUUCCCCUUUGGUUAAUGUGUGCGUUGGCGACCCCAAAAGGACUCACGCGCGCCACCAAAAGAAAAGAAGAGAGGCCGGGGGCGGCAUCCAUCGCCAUGGACUCGCGCUUCGGCUUCCGCUUCUCCUCCGGGGAUGUGACGUCGGGGAGCUCGCUGACGGUGGGGGAGCGGGUCUGCGCCGUUUUCUUCCCCUUCCUCGCCAUCGCCGGGGCCGUCUUCUUCGCCCUCACCGACUGCAUCACCGACAUCUGCCCCCCGUCCUCUUCCUCGCGCCUCCGCAGAGACUCCUCUGCUUCGUCUUUCUUCCUCACGGUCACGGCCAAGAAGAGCCGCCGCGACCACGACCACCUCCGCCGCCGCCGCAUCGGGCCGGGAUGCACCUCCCUCGAUUUCCACAACCUCGCCCGUCUCGCCGAAGAGUCCCGAUGCUUCUCGGUGAACGAGGUGGAGGCGCUCUUCGAGCUCUACAAGAAAAUCAGCUGCUCCAUCAUCGACGACGGACUCAUCCACAAGGAAGAACUUCAGCUAGCAUUAUUCAAGACUCCUAGCGGACAGAAUCUUUUUCUUGAUAGGGUGUUUGAUUUGUUUGAUGAAAAGAAAAAUGGAGUAAUAGAGUUUGAUGAGUUUAUUCAUGCUCUCAGUGUCUUCCAUCCAUGUGCACCGUUGGAAGACAAGAUUAAUUUUGCAUUUAAGCUGUAUGAUUUGAGACAGACUGGCUUCAUUGAGCGUGAGGAGGUGAUGCAAAUGGUUAUUGCCAUUUUGAUGGAAUCUCGUUUGAAAUUAUCGGAUGAUCUUCUUGAGGCCAUCAUAGAUAAGACAUUUGAAGAUGCUGAUGCUGAUAAGGAUGGAAAAAUUAGCCAAGAAGAAUGGAAGGAGUUUGUACUACGCCACCCUAAUCUAUUAAAGAACAUGACCCUGCCGUAUCUAAGGGACAUCACAACAGCUUUCCCUAGUUUUGUCUUCAAUACUGCGGUUGAAGACUAAACAGUGCAAGACUUGUACUUGUCGGUGACAAGUUGGCUGGUGAUUAUGGCAGCAGCUGAAAAUGGAGAUGCUGAGGAACAUCACCUACCAAAGAAUCGACAUCGGUGAUUGUUGAUUAGAGAAGGCCAUAUGAAAAUCAAAUUGGGCAGCGCAGCAAACCUAGGCCCGUUCAUGCCGGCAGAUUGGCAAUGAAGCAUCUUAUCCCACGCCUGUUGAUUUUUCAACUGUACAUACCCUAUACCUUCAGGUCUCAGAAGCACAGGACAACUGUACAUAUGCAGUCAUCUGCUUCCAUUGUCAGUCAUCUUAUGAAUACUGAUAUCUGGUAUUCAAUCUUCCAUUAUCAACACUAUGACCAGGAUUGGCACAUCCUUGGGAACGUAUGAGCUUUAUGAUGAUGCAUUUUCUUAAAGUGAAAACGUUUCUGAGACGCA